AUCUACGACCACAAUCACAAUUCUCAUUACUGCUCGAUUCAAAUAUUCAAGAAGAAAUCCUUCACAGCGUUUUUGAUCCCAUUGACAAACUUGUCUCGGACGAGCUGCAUGAAUUCCUGGUAACGUUUUUCAAUGCAGAUUAUGGCCCACAAGGUUGGAAUGAUGCAGUAGAGGAACUGCCCAUAUGUGAUUCAGAUUCAGAAGUCAUUACAAAAACAAAAUGGUGUCCCACCUGCGGAGAUGAUAAAAAGAGAUUGGGUACAACAGGUUUAGAACUUGAUAUUCCUUACUACCAUUAUGGUUUUGCUAUUGAAGGACAACAGCCAGGCGAUCCUAAUAAUUUCAUUAAACAGCAGGAACGGGAUCAACUUAAGGAAAAACUCUGUGAAGAAAAUUGGAUAGUAAUAGCACUAAGAUAUGUUUGGUAUUAUGAAAACCCAUUUGAGAAAAUUCCAGAUAUCCUUCAAGGUCUGGGUCUUAUUCCUUAA